AUGACAAAUGUUCCGCAAGAAAUGCACGUCCAGAACGAUGAGGUAAACAAGGCCGAAAAUUCGAGCUCAGACGACGACUCGUCCUCCUCAAGUUCGGGUUCUUCUUCCAGCUCCUCUUCAUCUGAUUCUGAAUCAGAAGACGACGCAGAAGCUGAGAGUACUGAAAUAGACGCUAACUCAACCAAGCACCUGAUUCCAUUUGGAAACACUGAAAAUGUCGGCAACUCAAGCACUGCUUCGACAUCAUCGCUCUCGGCCCCUCGUCCACAUGGACUGGCAGCUAAUCAGGAGACCCUUAAUGUUAAUUCGACGCGAGCAGCAGCGAGAUUUAAAGCUGCAGAGACAGAAUUUAUGAUGCCAUUGGGUACACGAAAGCGAGAUCGACGGACUAUUGAAGAAAUACAACGAGAUCUUCGAGACAAGAGGAAAAAACCGAUGGGAAAAAUAGCAGCAAAAAUGAGUCCUCCACCUCCAAAAGGCUCGCCAUUACGUUCUCCAGAAGCUGAAGCAAUGGUAAGUAGUGGUGCACCAAUGGCGGUCGGGGGCUCUUUAAAUUCGUUUGGAACGGCAGGACGAUUGCCAGUGAAGCGAAAACCAGUGUCAGCACACGAUCGAUUGGCCAUGAAACUGAAUGGACGAAAGACCACAAGUGCGAAAGCAAAGAAGGCGAGCAGCUCUACAACGCCGAGUGCAACGGCCCCCCCCGUGGCAGUUAUGACGAAUAAAAUAGUGACAAAAGCCAUUGCAGCUAGUAGCUCAACUAACGCGGCUACAGGGAAUAGCAGCAGUAGCGACCAUGGAGAUGUAGGAGGGGACGGAUACAGUAGCAGCGUGGGCAGAUCGUCAGCUGUUGCAAUAGAUGGUAAAGUGGUGCGUGCGAUGUUGCGUGCAAUGCUUCGCUAUGGAGAUAUGACCGAUGUGGGGCUUUAUGCGGCUGCUAUAAAUUUCGCAGACGAGUACAAGAUGCCAAAUUUUAUUGAGCGCGCGAAUUUGCAAAGUACUACGAAAGUUUCUUUUGAACGUCUUCAAUCUCUUGCAAAUGAAGUGGCUCUGAAGGCCAAGCAAGCGAUUGAAACACGGCCACCACAUGAUGGAAUCAAGAUCGCUGAUGUGGAAGCGAAAGCGUCGCAGAUUAUUGAGCGUCUUUAUGAGAAUUUGAAGCUUCGUGUUGCUGUUCAACGUGCGUUGCGCACCGCUGGGUGCUCAUCAGGCAACGCACAAGUGAAUGCUCAGGGCGCGUAUGUUUUAGUGGCAAAACAGAGCGACCUUUCUGUUUUAGGAGUUAACACUCGCGACUUACCAAGUUGGACCUGGGCUGAAAAGGAACAUGAUUGGACACAACGCAAAGACGCCGCGCUGCUACUUGGCGUUUACGUGCAUGGUUUUGGAGGAUGGGAAGAUAUUCUAAAUGACGACUUGCUUCAUUUCCAGAAACAACGUGCGCUGAAGGGCGAGCGUCUGAAAAAACGUGCCGAAAAUUUGCUGAAACGAUUAUCUGCUCCAGAUAUGGAUGCUGGCGAGCCACGUAUUGUGCAGCAAGCAAGCGCUCUUAGCUCUGCUAGCGUAAACUCUAACCAAUCGUUAGGUGCGCAAUUUAGUGCCAUCAUUCAAAGCGGAGCAAUCUCGGGUGUGACAGCAUCAAAUUCUGUACACUCCGGUACUGGAGGCGGCCGAAUGGCCCGCGCAGCCGAACGAUUUGCUGCACGGCAACAGAGUAGUGAAGAGAUGUCAAGCCGACGUCCUGCUAUACCCUGUAGCGAUGGAACGACUUCAAAUGGAGACUCAGGACGGCAAAAGACUCCACCGGUAAGAUCACCCGCUCAAAAUAUGGUGGCUGAUAUUGAUCCUGAAGAAGGCGAAAUUGGCGAUGCAUCACCGGCACAAUCGACAUCUUCGCAGCACAAGCGAAGAUCGUCAUCUUUAGAAGACGGGGAUAUGACAACAACUCGAAAGAAACAUCGUCACAAUAGUAGCGAUAGCUUAAGUGUGACGGAAAAACCAAAGAAAGAGCUUCGGAAAGAAACAAAGAAGCAAAAGGGCCACAAGUCUCCAAUUUCGGUGGCAAACGUCGUGGCAGAUGAAGCGCCGGAACCGGCACUGCCGCUUUUAUCAGCUGAGGAGUGCAACGAAAAGUGGAAACCCAACAAGAAACUGCGUGACAUUCGGCAGGUGCUGAAGAAGAUAAAGAUUAUGGCUGAGUGGUCGAGCAACCAGAAAGAUGAGACGGUAGCUGAAAAGAUGUUCAAGUACGUGAGUACAAUCGGCGAAGCGAUUGAUCGGAUCGUUAUGGAACACCAAGAUAAGGUGGAAACCCAGUCACAUGGAUCACCUCGCGAAUCUGAUGAACUUUGCACAAGUUUAUGGACGUAUGCCGCGGGGUUUACAACUUUUACACCACAAAGUUUUGAACAACUGUACGAUGACAUUUGUGCAGAUGGCGACGCUCUUAAAGUGAAAAAAUCCUUUUGA